AUUCGCUUCAAUCUCUUUUCAACCAACCUUCUUUACGGUACACCCUCAUAUGCAGCUAUGUUUGCAUUUUUCUGAUAUUUAUUCUCUGUGUCGCGCACAUGCAAAGUGUAUUCGUAACAAUGAAUGCCUUUCCUGUACAAAGCUCGGACAUUGCCUAUUACAAGCGUUAUGCCCCGCUACACACGAUGAGGAGUCAUACCAGUACACGUAACAAGUACAAAUUCUGUAGAAGAUAGAAAAAAUUGCAAAAUCUUAGAAUUUCUAUUGAACCUAUAUCAUCGCACUAAGCGCACGGUUACUUCUCUUUCCAUCAUCAAUACCAAAACAAUGUCUACUACGACGAUGAGAAAGCCGCCUCAAGCGCCACCACUCUUCAACGCCACUGCUGAAUCCGCUUUGGCUACUAUCGAGGAUGUUAUCCAGCGUCAUCGGGCUACGAUCGACAAGAUUGUGGCUGAAGUCAAUUUGAAGGAUGCUACAUUCCAGAAUGUGAUGCUUCCCAUUUUGAAAAGCGACAACGAAGCGGACACAAAGAAAUGGGUCAAUGGAUUCUACCAGCUUGCUGCAGACGAUGAGGCUCUACGCGAUGCGUCCAGAGAAAUCGAAGAAAUGAUGGACGAAUUCGACAUUGAAUGUGAUACAAGGGAAGACAUCUUUGCACUUGUCAAUGCCGCCUAUGAACAAAGACACACAGAAAAUCUGGAUGCCGAAUCACUUCAUCUUUUGGAGAAGGAGAGGAGCAAGUUUGUUCGUAAUGGGAUGCUUCUUCCUCCCGGUCCCAAUCGACAACGAUUGAAAGAGGUCAAGGCCAAAAUUAGCAAGCUAUGCAGGCAGUCGCAAAAGUUGCUGGAUGAUGAAACGGGUGGCGUCUGGUUUACGCCAGAGGAACUUGACGGUAUACCAUCCUCCUCUAUAGAAAUUGAGGCUUUAGAAAAGGGAAGUGAGGAGAACGCGGGAAAGGUUAAAGUGACGUUCAAGUACGAUCACUUUGGGCCUCUCAUUCGAUACGCGGCAAACGAAGCAACCAGACGGGACUACAUCGUUGCGGAGACAAACAGGGCUAAUGAAAAUAUACCUCUAUUCAAAUCCAUUAUUGAGCUUCGUGAUGAAGCGGCCCGACUCGCUGGGUUUCCAAAUCAUGCCAGCCUGCAAAUUGGUGGUAGAAUGGCAAAGACUCCGGCCAGAGUCAAUGUGAUGCUUGCUGAUUUGCGGAAUCGCACGGAGAAAGGCGCUAAAGCUGAUUUGGAUGCGCUGCUUGCAUACAAAAAGGCAGAUUACGAAGAGCGGUCAAUUCCCUUUGAUGGGCGCCUGUACCUAUGGGACAAGGCAUAUUACAGUCGCAUACGGAUGGAAAAAGAGUUCAGCUUUGACGGCACAGCAUUCUCGCAGUACUUCCCUGCCAUGGAUACCUUCAAAAAAAUGCUGAGAGUGUUUGAAGAAGUCAUGGGAUUUAAGUUUGUGCACCUCAGCGAGGAUGACCGCGCACAGAUUGGCCCAACUGGUAAAUCCGAAGAUCUGACUUGGCAUCCCGAUGCCGAGAUCUACAGCGUUUGGAAUUCAGAAGAUCUUGGUGGCGAGUUUCGCGGCUAUCUGUACUUGGAUUUAUAUCCCCGUGAUAACAAGUAUAGUGAAGACAUGAGCCUUACACUUCAGUCUGGCUUCAUGAAGGACGACAGUACUGAGUUUUAUCCCUCGGCUGUGCUGAUUUGCAACUUGCCUACCGCAACAGCAACUAGCCCUGCGCUGCUAGAGCACGAAGAUGUUGUAACGAUAUUCCACGAACUUGGCCACGCAAUUCACGAUUUAGCGGGAAAAUCCAAGUAUGCACGUUCACGCUCUGUGGUAUGGGACUUUUUGGAGACGCCCUCACAGAUGCUGGAGCAUUGGUGCUGGACCCCGAGUGUUUUGAAAUCGCUAUCUAGCCACUGGGAGACAGGAGAGCAAGUUCCGGACAAAAUGAUAGACGCCUUGCUUAGCACACGCGGAAUGAAUGCCGCUAUUGAUGUUAGAGAUUCUCUUCUGCGACCGCUGUUUGACAUGGCUAUUCACGAUGUCGCCACUGCGGAGGAUAUAAAGGCACUUGACUACUGCACACUCUUUAAUCAGCUCCGCCACGACAUACGUCUAACAGCCGGACCAGAAGACAUCGGAAUGGGCAUGGACUGGGGCCACGAGUAUCUAACGAUUGAUCACUACAUCACGGGCUAUGAUGCCGGGUACUAUAGCUAUCUGUGGUCCAACGUGUACUCAACUGAUAUGUUCUACACAAAGUUCAAAGCCGAUCCCAUGAACAAGGAAGAGGGCCGAAGGUAUCGCCGUAUUGUGCUUGAACGUGGCGGCAGCAUGGAUGAAUACGAGUACCUCGUGGAAUUUCUAGGCCGUGAGCCAAACCAGAGUGCAUUCCUCGAAUCGAAAGGGUUACACACUCUAGAGUAAUCGUCAUACCAGCGUUAAAAUGGAUUAGAGUUCAUUAACCUUCAAGAAAUAUCUGAUUAUUACUAAGUCAUUAUAUCGUUCUAUACUACAUGCAAAAUACCACCGAUGUCUUGGUAGUUCUCAUGGCCUGCAUCGCCACUUACUGCUCCUGUUGAGCCUUGGCCUUGGCUAGCUGUGCGGUGUCAAGAUAGCUGCGAAUCUCCCAGAUCUGCAGACCAUCUUCACCAGCGCCCUCCUCAGCCUCCUUGAUCUCGUACACAAAGCUGGUGGGAACAUCGACAGCACCCUUGUCGUUCUUGAGAUGGCAAAUAGUCAGGCAUUCAGCGUGCACGCGGUACGUGCCCUCCUCCUCGUUCGUCACGAACAUGAUGGUGCGCAGGUCGCGGGUCAGCUUUUCAAAGCUGCCCCAAAGGGAAAGAUAGUCCUCCCAGAUGGCGUCUGCACCCUCAUUGAUCUUGCCAUCAGGAGCGUAGUUGAUGGCCUUGGAGGCGUAGAAGCGGGUGGGCUGCUUGGAUGCAGCGUGUAUGUCGGCGUCAAAGACGGUGGCAUAUUUCAUGUACCAUGCAAGAACACGGUUCUUGGGUAGUGUGGCCAGGGCUGCUCUGUCAAAAGGGGCCUUGAUGGAGAGGAUUGAUUCAGGCAUGGUGUAAGUGGGAUUUAGGUAGAAUGGGUAUGGUUAAAUGGAGAGGGCAAUAAUAUGAUGGAUUGAUAUCGG